AUGAUCAUGCAAAAGAGUUUGUGUGUUAUACUUGUAAUAUUCUAUGUACCUAUUUUGUUACAUGCACAAAACAAAGUUGAAACUUUGAUACUAGGAUGUGGAAUAGGUGAUAAUGGUGGUAAAGAUCCUGAUGGAAGACAAUGGAGUCCAGAUAACAAAUAUCUUUCUGGACCAAAUUCAAUUACAGCAAGAGCUUCAAUUCAAGAUCCUUCACUUACAUCAGAGAUUCCAUAUAUGACAGCGCGUAUUUUCACAGCUGAAGCAACGUAUAAGUUUCCAAUUCAACCUACUAAACGUUACUGGCUUAGACUCCAUUUUUAUCCAUCGGUUUACAACAAUCUCAACCCAGCCGAUUCGUAUUUUUCUGUGAAAGCAAACGAUGUUAUACUUCUCAACAAUUUCAGCUCCUCGAUUACGUGUCAAGCCUUGUCCCAAGCUUAUAUUGAUAAAGAAUAUGCACUUGCACCUUUGAAUGCAAAUGAACUCAGCCUUACCUUCAAACCUUCUGAUAAACACAAUGGUGCUUUUGCUUUUGUCAAUGGUAUUCAACUUAUUGAAAUGCCUGACUUGUUGCUCAAGUCGCCUUCGUUGGUCGGUUAUAUGAAUCAAAUUGUGGAUACUGAAGGUUUUCAUCUUCAAACAAUGUUUAGAAUAAACGUUGGUGGACAGUAUAUAUCUCCGGCUCAAGAUUCUGGUUUGAGUCGAACAUGGUACGAUGAUACACCGUAUACUUAUGGUGCUUCCCAUGGUGUUAGCAAUCGUAUUACAAAGGAUGUUAAAAUCGAUUACCAAACUAUGCCUCAAUAUCUUGCUCCUGCGGAAGUUUAUUCAACGUAUAGAUCCAUGGGAGGUGAUCUACAUCUUAACAUGAGAUACAAUCUCACGUGGAUUUUUCAAGUUGAUCCGAAUUCAAUGUACUUAUUAAGGUUGCAUUUUUGUGAUUUCUAUUAUUCUAAAGUGAACCAAAUUGUUUUCAAUAUCUUUAUCAACAAUCAAACGGCGGAGGAAACGGCUGAUGUUAUAGGUUGGACAGGCGGUAAAGGAAUGACCACUUAUAAGGAUUAUGUGAUUUAUGUUCAUAAUCAGCCGGGUGAGGAUCAACUUUGGCUUGCAUUGGGUCCUGCGGCAAAGGCAAAGCCGGAGUAUUACGAUGCUUUACUCAAUGGUAUUGAGAUAUUUAAACUCAAUCAAACUGAUCUCUCAGGACCUAAUCCUAGGCUUUCUGAUAUGAUGAUUAAACAUGAGGAAAAGGAAAGAACUUUUCAAAACAAGAAAGAUAGCCAUACUACCACUUUUGCUAUCGGCGGAGCUGCUGGUGGAGCUGCUGGUUUUGCAUUAGUUGCUGCAAUAUGUGUUGCAGUUCAUCAUAGAAAGAAGAGAGCACCAGGUUCAUACACAAAUAACACAUCAAGUUGGUUGCCUCUUUAUGGAAACUCUCACACGAGUACAACGAAAUCGACAGGAUCGGGGAAGAGUACUAUGGGGAGUGGUGCAAACUUGGCCAUGGCUCAAGGGUUAUGUCGAUAUUUUUCGUUACAAGAGAUGAUUCAAGCGACAAAGAAUUUCGACGAGACGAAUGUGAUAGGUGUUGGAGGAUUCGGAAAGGUUUACAAGGGAGUUAUUGAUAAUGGAGUUAAAGUGGCUAUUAAGAGAUCAAAUCCACAAUCAGAACAAGGAGUGAAUGAAUUUCAGACUGAAAUUGAGAUGCUUUCAAAGCUUAGACACAAACAUUUAGUGUCUUUGAUUGGUUUUUGUGAGGAAGAUGACGAAAUGUGUUUGGUUUAUGAUUACAUGGCUCAUGGAACCAUGAGGGAGCAUUUAUACAAAGGAAACAAGCCUAUAGAUACUUUAUCAUGGAAGCAAAGGUUGGAGAUUUGCAUUGGUGCUGCAAGAGGUCUUCAUUACCUUCACACAGGAGCAAAAUACACAAUCAUUCAUAGAGAUGUCAAAACAACAAAUAUUCUACUUGAUGAAAACUUUGUCGCAAAGGUUUCGGAUUUUGGAUUGUCGAAAACAGGUCCAAACAUGAACAAUGGUCAUGUUAGUACAGUGGUGAAAGGUAGUUUUGGAUAUUUGGAUCCUGAAUAUUUCAGGAGACAACAAUUGACUGAAAAAUCCGAUGUUUAUUCGUUCGGAGUAGUUCUGUUCGAGGCCUUGUGUUCGAGGCCUGCUUUGAAUCCUGGCCUUCCGAAAGAACAGGUUAGUCUUGCAGAUUGGGCUUUGCUCAACAAAAGAAAAGGAACAUUGGAAGAUAUUAUUGAUCCAAAUUUGAAAGGAAAGAUUAACCCUGAAAGCUUGAACAAGUUUGCUGAUGCAGCUGAGAAAUGUUUGUCUGAUCAUGGACUCGCUCGUCCCUCGAUGAAUGAUCUAUUGUGGAACCUUGAAUUUGCUCUCAACCUGCAAGAGAAUCCUGAUGGUUCGCGAUCGACUCAUGACAACUCUCCGUGUAUAGAUGAGAGUGAAUUUGAAGAGGUAAGUUUAGCACAAAAAAGUGACAUGGCUGCACAUUACAAAAACCUUAGCCUUGGAAGUGAACAUGACCUUAGUCAUGAUGACUCAGCUGAGAAUUCUGCUGCCAUCUUCUCUCAAAUUGCUAAUCCGAAAGGGCGAUGA